ACUAAUCAGAUGAAGGUUUGUUGAGGUGAUUAGGCAUGAAUUAAUACAGUGGUUUGUGCAUGCAAAUAUUGUGAUCCCCUGCUAAGGUUUCCUUUCCUUGACAAAUAAUAACAUGACAUGAGCAUAACUUCAACUUAAUUUGUAUUGCUGGAAUUAUUCAUUAGAAAAAAAAUUCUCUGCUUUCUCACAGACUUAACCAUCAUCUUCUUACUGUUGUAUCAUCACCAGUUCUUCUGUCUGAGGACUUCACUAUCAUCAUCAUUGUUACCUUCUCUCAUGGACCCAUCAUCAUCCAUCACCAUUAGAGAUGCUCUGUGCUCCCUCGCCACUCAUCACCACCUAGCUGCUGCUGCUGCAAUGGCAGCUUUAAUCAUGUUAGCUGCUUACUGUUUCUGUACCGAUCCCAACUGUGUUUACCUCAUUGAUUUCUGCUGUUACCUCCCGCCGGAUCACUUGCGAGUCCCGAUCGCCCAUUUCAUCGAACAGUCUGAACUCAACGAAUUCCUCCAAAGAGACGCCACCGAUUUCCAGCAAAAAGUCAGCACCAAAUCGGGCAUUGGCUCCGAAUCGUGCAUGCCUCUUGCAGCCCAUGAAAUCCCUCCGGAUCUCUCUCUGAAGUCAUCUCUGGAAGAAACAGAGACGGUUCUCUUCACAGUUGUGGACGAGCUGCUUUCCAAACACGACGUGAGCCCCAACAGCAUAGACGUUCUCGUAUCGAAUUGCAGCCUUUUCUGCCCGACGCCGUCCAUCACGGCCCGAAUCGUAAACAGGUUCGGAUUCCGAAGCGAUGUGAAGAGCGUCAGCCUCGGCGGAAUGGGCUGCAGCGCCGGGCUCUUGUCGGUCAGCUUGGCGAAGGACCUUCUCAAAGUCCACAACAACUCCACCGCCCUAGUCCUCAGCAUGGAAGUCAUCACGCCCAAUGGCUACCUGGGCAAGAACAAGUCCAUGCUCUUGGCCAACACCCUGUUCCGGAUGGGGGGAGUGGCCCUUCUGUUGUCGAACAAGAAGCGUGACAGGCCAAGAGCCAAAUACAAGCUCCAACACCUGGUCCGGACUCACUUGGGGUCCGACGAUCAAGCCUACCAGUCGGUGGUCCAAGAACCCGACGAAUCCGGGCGGGUCGGCGUCUCGCUGUCGAGGGAUUUACUUGGAGCCGCCGGCCAUGCUCUGAGGAAGAACAUAUCAAGAUUGGGCCCCCUGGUGUUGCCCUACUCCGAGCAGCUCAAGUAUGGAUGGUCUCUGCUGAUGCGCAGGGAACUCUACGUGCCGGACUUCAAGAAGGCUUUUGCCCAUUUCUGCAUUCAUGCGGGCGGAAAGGCUGUGAUCGCGGCGGCGGAGAGCAGCCUUAGGCUGCGCAAGGAAGACACGGAAGCAUCGAGGAUGACGUUGUACAGAUUUGGGAACACUUCGUCUUCGUCGGUGUGGUACGAGCUGUGCUACCUAGAGGCGAAGGGCAGCGUGAAGAAGGGGGAUCAGGUUUGGCAAAUUGCGUUCGGGAGUGGCUUCAAGUGUAACAGUGCAGUGUGGAAAUGCAUCUGGAAGCUUGAUGAUGACGACGACGACGAUGAUGCUGCCCAAAUGCAAGGGCACGGCGUAAGAAAUGCAUGGUCCGAUAGAAUCCAUUUGUAUCCUGUAGAGAUCCCACGAGUGUUUGAUCAUUGA